UACAUUUUUAUAUGUUUUUACAUUUAGAUCUCCAAUCAACAUGGAAACUGUUCUGUUGACUGAUAUGAGAUGUGAAAGCAUUUCAUUCUAGAUGAAUAUCAAUUGUCCCAAUAUCUACUUUUAUGUAUGCAUUUCCCCAAACAGAGGGGAUUAGAAGCAUGGAUUUAGUUACCUGAGUGACACAUGAGCUGAGAAACAGAACAAGAUCACUCAAAAAUUGUCAGUAGCAAGACACCACCCCCAUCCCAAGACUAAACUAUCAAAUCCAAAGGAAAAUGUCCCUAAAGGUUUAAUUAGGUCACCAGGUAAAUGCUAAAAUUCUAAGGAAAGAUAGUGUCUAUUUGGGGAAAUUUCUAGAAGUGCCUCUUUCUACUCAUUGAUCUCUUCUCGGUGAUUCCCAUGGGCCACACCCAGAUAGAAACUAUGCUUUCUGGGAGCCUGGAGAUGGAUCCUACAGUAGCUAACAUCUUUGCAAAACAGAAGAGAGCUAGAGAGGAAAGCAGGGAGUCUAGCAUGGGCCAAGGACCCGUGUAAUACUUGACUGAAGUAUAAAAUGUAUCUUCAGUAUUAAAUGUAUCUUCAUUCAGUGUAACAAGUCCCCAAAAGGUAUUGUGAAACUUAUUAAUACACCAGGAGCCAGGUCUCUGCUCUUUAAUUUAAGAGGUAGAUACCUGUUCAGAGGCAGUCUGUAAAAACAGUUUUCUUAUUGGUUCGGAUCAUCUUUCCUGGAAAUAAUUUGAGUCAACAAGAUUUUUUUUUAACUGUGGGUAUGUCUCAAAUGAAUGACAGGGAUUAAGAACAUAGGAAUAGAACUAGGAAAUAUUGUCAAAUUGAAAAGAUUAAAUAAAAAAGCAAAUUUACUUUUUAAAAAGGAAUUGGAUACAGCAGAAUUAAUUAAGAAUAAUGAGCCUGAACAAUAAACACAGGAAUUUAGAAGCUUGGAGAAAGCUUGAUUUCUUCCCUCUCUCCCUUCCUCUCCCUCCCUCCCAUGCCCUCUCUCCCUCAAUCCCUUUCUCUCUCCCUCCCUUCCUCCCUCUCUCUGCCUUUUGACCUUCCUCCCUCUCUUCUCCCUUGGAUCACUCCUUCCCUCCUGGACCUCUCUUCCCUUCCUCUGUUUCCUCCUUGCUCUCUUUCAUUCUCUCCCUCUGACAUCAUUCUUUUGAGAUAGAGUUUCUGUAUGUAAUGUAGCCCAGGCUGGCCCAAAAUAUUUGAUCUCCUCACAUCGGCCUCCUGGGAGCUGGGACUAUAGGCAAGAGGCACAUCCAGCAAAAGAAUGAAUUUGCUUUUAUUCUUUACCUUUCUCUAUAUGCUGUGGCUUUAUGUAAUGCUUCUAUAAAUAAGAACACUUAGUAACACUAGUGCACAAUUUUGAACCAUAAGAAAUCCAUUUGUUAAUUACGAAUACAUCUUAAUCUAGCAAAGUCCAAUGAUAAUCUCAAUUUUGAAGAAUUUUUGACUGAUACACACACACACACACACACACACACACACACACACACACACACACACACACGGGGUUUUUUGUUUUGUUUUUUGGUGAGGUAUGUUUGCUUUCAGGCAGUCCAACAGGACAAGAUCCUUUUCUUGUAAGGAACACUUACAACACUACUUAUUCACUGCCGAUGAUCAUUCAGGAAGAGAUUUCCAGUAAGAGGGGCCCAGUGGGAGGGGCCCAGUGGGAGGAGCCCCAACGGGAGGAGCCCCCAAGUUCCUGUCCACUUCUUCACCCCUUUUCUCUUUAUAAUGUCACCCUCUGGGCUAGCCAGUACCACGGGUUAGAUAAGGAGAGGCAAAGGGGGGAGCAGGACAGGGAUCUCAGCUGCAAUACAAACCCCCAGUCCACAGGGGAAUGAAAUGAAGAAAACAUUCCUUUGGGGUUGCCUCCUAAGUCCUCACUGUUCUGCUUCCUCCAUACCCAAGUCAACCCAUUUUUUCUGAGCACCUUCAGACAACUGGUGCCAGAGACUGCCGCCCACUGAUCCAGAGCUGAGGGAUCCACGCGCAACAAAGUUGCUUAAACAAAUGUGAUUGACUAUAAUUCCUUUUGAAACAAUGUAACAAAUGGCAGUCUAACUAACCACACGGCACAAGUGUGAUUGUUAGGGGUGUUCAUGAGUGUCAGUUCUUUGAGAAGUUAUUUUCUGUCUUAGAAUGAAGAAUUGUCCUUUCCCUGCUCGCAUGACUUUCACUGUGACUUGGCUUGCUUUAUUUCACCCUGGCUUCCGGAAAACACAGAUAGGACCAUAGGCAUUGGAUGAGGCUCGGAGACACACACAGUAACUAAACCAAGUGCUUCUACGGUGCCUCUCCUUGCGGGCCCCUUUCCUUUGUACCUACUUUGAAGUUGCUGCAUACAUCCCUGCAUUCUGCAGCCCAAGAUGUGGGAGAAGAUGCAGAGGCACAGUCUAAAGGACAAGAUGUUCAUUGUUCGACAAUUCUGACAGAGAGGACAAAGUGAGAUUAGGCAGAGGGAUCACAAGACCGAUCCAAACCUUGUCCAGCAGGGCGUUCUGGAGCAAUCACUGUCAUUAACAGUGACAAGAUGCCUGUCACCAGACCCAGGCCGUCCCUCCCCAAGGAUGCGACCAAGGUGAGGGGAAGGUGGGGCAGCCACUGAGGUAGCUGAAAGGGGUACAGCAUUGCCGAUGUCUGCCACUGACGACCUCCAGUUAGCCUGGGUUGGCUAGAUUAUGUGAUCUUGUGGCUCACUUGAGUUCAGAUCCUGCUCUGGGCUGCAGUCAGCCUUUCAUGCUUCCCAGAUCAUGAGCUGCAGCAGAAUUCCCAGAGGUAGGAUAUGCUGCCUCCGUGACCCAUAAAGGAUUACCAGUCUUUGCUUCUUUCUCUGGGUUGGAGACUAAAAGACACAGCAACGUGUCUUUUUUACCCUAGCCUCUGGAGCAAGAACAUCUCACUGUGACUUCUGACAUGCCAACCAUCUCUUGCCCACCUAGCCAACUGAGGUAUUAUAAUACCAUCAAUGUACAAGCCCCUGUGAUAUUCUGCAGUAUGCUCAGAUAACCCACAUCUGGUUCUACACUCUUGUGACAGAAGGUGGGAGUAAGCAUGGCCUUUGGCAAGACCAUACUCAUAUAUUGCAAUUGAUUUCACCUAAAGGUGGACUAUAUCUGAGUCUCUUAUAAUCCAGGAUACGAAGACAAUUUUCAAAAUAAUGACAAUGUACCUCAGGCCUGUUCACCUAUCCAAAGUAAAUGUUGACUUGCACUCUUGAGAGAAAAUAUUCAUUAGAUCAGUGUCUAUGGAGAGGAGUGGGCAGAAGGGGGAGUCAAACGGUGAUAGUUUGUCCAACAAAGCAGAAAGCCCUAGAAGGACAACUGCUGAGGAGAGUGUCUCCAGAGCAGCUUGCUUUCUCCCUCUUCACUCAUCCACGGAUGUAAUCUGCCCUCGAAAGCGUGUGAGCUGUGGUAGGAGAGCUCUUUCCAGUCACAGCAAAUGCUGAUGGGCGUGAACGCUAGAUGCCACCCUUGGACAAAUCCUCUACAAAAGGGAAAUUCCCAUGACUACCAGAGUAUCUCAGACGUCUUUCAGGGUGGAACAUAAAUAAGUAUUUCAUAUUACUUGAAAGAAGAAGAAAGACAAUCAAGAGAGAAAAGAAAAAGGAAUUACCAGAGAGUGAUGGGAGACCUCAACCUGAGCAAAGGACAUUGUGUAAGUUUAUGAAAACUUCACAGUAAAACUUAUUAUUUUAGAUGCUGAUUUUUAGAAAGUAUUUCAUACUGGUUUCUGUUUACUUAAAAAAAACACCUUAAUAAUUCAUGGGCUGAUUAUAUACCUUAUAUAAUCCUGGUACAAACUUUGAGAUCUCAAUAUGCAUGCCACGUCAGAAGAGCCACAGUUUUUCAUACAAGAUAAAUAUAAAUACAAUUAAUUUAGCACCAUCCUAUGAUCCUUAGGACACUGUUAUUUCCAGUUACUUUCUAAUUCUUUGUGAAUAAAGACACACUAUCUUGUGACCUGAGAAGACUCCAGACAACUGAAUUCUUGCUACACGGUGCUCGCCCAUUCUCAAGAGUUUGCUCAGGAUAUCACACUUCAGGAGGAAGACCCACGUCAGUCUAGCAUAUGAUCAAAUUGCACUGACUGUUGAAGAAUAUUCAAGAAGAGAUCAAGGGAUUCCUGGGUCGCCUCCAGGGAUGAUGGGAUCCAUCUGUGGGUUCCUAGGGACAAGAGGGCAAUUCUCUAGGAAAGGGUGGCAGGGGUCAGUGCGUUUCUGUUCUUAACGAGCUGACUGGGCUAUAUAGGACAGACGGUGAGGAUGUUCACUGCCCAGUGAUGUAAUAGCAGAAGCUUGGUUCUAUGCCAGGCACUCGUCUGGGCUCUGAGUGUGAACUGCCCUCCUCCAGUGUCACCGCAACUCUAUAAACAAGUAGCCGUUGUCAUUUCUACCUUCUGGGUGGUGAGACUGAAGGAUGCACUCAGGGAACCAAAGAUACAAACACAAGAUGUUUGAUGGGAGGUCGUGUACUCUAGACUCCACUGUAUGCUGAGCUGACAGAAGGACCUUCUGCGGGACCUGGGACACACCCAGGUGCAAGAGCCUGCCUGAUCUCAAGUGUGGACAGCAGAAACCCAAUUAGUUCACUGUUCUGCUUACUACAAACUUGUGUUUUCACAUGGGUGUGACAUUUUCCGGGUGGUAAGUAGCUGCCCGAUGAACAAACGCCUCUCUGUAUGAUAGCAUCUGUGAAGAGUAAGGCGCUCUGAUAUGAAGGCCUCUGAAGACUGGGUCCUCCACCAAGUGUUACCAGUCAUCUGGACUGAUGCUGACCUUUCUCCAGUUAGUUAACAUUUCUAUGAUUUCUGUAAAAUAAUCAGUCCGUUCCCCUUUCUUCUCUCUGCCCUUCCUCCUCUGCUUCCUUUCAUAGAUGGAUAUAUGUAUAAAUAUAUAUAUAUAUACUUUAUCUAAUAUGUUUUUCAAUGAAAUUAUUAUGAAUGGAAACAAGGACAGUUUAUCUCAGAAUUUCAUGAAAAUAUACUGUUGCUACUUAUUUUAAAAAAAAAUCUCUAUCACUAGCAUCUAGAGUCAUAACCCAGUAUCUUGAGAAAGUGCUUUAUAAUUAAGGAAGUCUUGUUCUAUAUUGAUUCACUAAUUAUGAUGAUGAGGACAUAAUCACAGGAUAUUUUCAGUAACGGUGAAGUGUCUCACUUUGUGGCCAGGUAAGACAUUUCUGCUAGCUUCCUAUAUAUUGUUCUAUGCUCCUGCAAUACCAAAGAGUUCAUAAGAAUUAGCAUUUUAUUCAAAUGAGCAAGCCUAUUUGUUUGAGUCUAAUGAAAAAUUAAAACCCUAUAUCCUUUAGAACCAUAAAUAUUUUAAAGGGAAAAAUCUUAAUUUUAAGAAAAAUUUCUUUUGGGGAAAGUAUUUUAUUCAACGAAAUGCAAUUUUAAUGUUGGAAAGCUUGCGUGGAGGCUUAUGGAGUAAAAUUAAUUUUGUCACCAAUUUCCUUAGAAGGUUUUAACUGGAGGAAGUCCUAACUUCCGUUGGACAAAAGGGGAGGAGAAAAUAUUUAAAUGUAUGUACUACUGCAGGAAAUGCCAACCCCCUCAAGAGCUUCACAUUUUUCAGUUCAUUGUCCUCACAACAAUUGAUAAAGGGCACCAUGAACCCCACUGUUGCCACCAUUUGCAUAUGAAGGAUCUGAGACUCAGAAAAGUUAACUAUUUAUUAUUUUCAAGGUCGCACAGUUAAUAAGUAAAUUAACAUCCAAGGGUCUCUCUCCACACAUCUGCAGAGGAAAAUGCUGCCAGCCUACUGAUGAGUCCAUGCCAUCUGAUUUACCCGGGGAACCAGAGGUGUGCGGAACCCAUUAGAAACCAGCUUUUUAAUCUCGUGUGUUACAUUUGUGCAUGGGGACAGUUUUUUUUUUUUUUUUUGGUUCUUUUUUUUCGGAGCUGGGGACCGAACCCAGGGCCUUGUGCUUCCUAGGUAAGCGCUCUACCACUGAGCUAAAUCCCCAGCCCCUUAUGGGGACAGUUCUUAUUGGGUGUCAGUUACUACGGAUCCUUGAGUUGGUUUCAGAGAAUAAAUGCUCUGAUUCAGCAGCCCAGAUGGAUCUUGGAAACCAUCGUGGCUUUCCUUACAUAGGCAGUGUUUCAGUGAAGGGUAUCUCUCUCCCGUGAUGUCGUCAAGAUACCUUGGUGUUGAAGACUCACAGACCAUACCGAUCGGGGAAAGGUGGGGACUGUUGGAGACAUGAAUUUGUACACAGGAAGUUUCCUUUCAAAACAUGAAAAGUCACAUAUAGAGUUAAUCGUUAUGAAGUCUCUUCUACCAAAGUCAGAUGACCCUAGGCUCUACUAACUGGUCAUAAAACAAAGGUCAAAUUAGAACAGGCACCACUCUCAAAAGAGAAAGUGGGCGUGGCUUUAGGGUUACAAAAGGUGUUAUUACUGUCACUCUAUCUUCUGGCUAGUCCCUCCCCCACUUUUAGUCCCUCCCCCCCAAACACCUACAAACCAACAAGCAAGAAAUCAGCCCAUUCCCCCACCAUUCUUCACUUGUUUAAGGUCACAAAGACUCUUAAUGUUGCUUUAUAUAACUGAAGGGUGUGUGUUUGCAUGGUGUGUGUGUGUGUGUGUGUGUGUGUGUGUGUGUGUGUGUGUUAUGCCCUAUUCUAGGAGGAGGGGCAGAAAGAAAUCCUGAAGGGCUCUGGUAGAAAAGCAGAGUUGUUCUCUCCCUUUCAAAGCUACGUCUGGAAGAGGGGUGGGGACUAUACCAGCCCAUCAUCACGCUGCAUGCCAGUCUCACACACGGAUGCUUCUCCUUCACAUUCUCUGGGAAAUUUCCCCCAGAUUAGGAAAAGGACGGGAAGGCAAGUCGGCCACAGAAGGCGAGUUUUUACCCACAAAGGGAAGCAGAGCGCACCUCCUCACAAUCGCAACUCCGCUCUCUGGAGCAGAUCCCGACUUCAGCACCACGGAGAGCGGCACCUCCUCCUCGGCCACCCAUGGGGAGCCAGAUCCCCGCGACUCCGCACAGGAUUCAGGUCAUCUAGAGGAGGGACAAGCCUGCGUAUUCUACUAUCGAUGUUGGGGAGCAACACCUUCAAAAACAUGCAGCGCCGGCACACCACCUUGAGGGAGAAGGGGCGCCGCCAGGCCAUCCGGGGUCCUGCCUACAUGUUCAAUGAGAAGGGCACCAGCCUGACCCCUGAGGAGGAGCGCUUCCUGGACUCGGCUGAGUAUGGCAACAUACCAGUGGUCAGGAAAAUGUUGGAGGAGUCCAAGACCCUCAAUUUCAACUGCGUGGACUACAUGGGGCAGAACGCGCUGCAGCUAGCUGUGGGCAACGAGCACCUAGAGGUCACUGAACUGCUGCUGAAGAAGGAGAACUUGGCUCGAGUGGGCGACGCGCUGCUGCUGGCCAUCAGCAAGGGCUACGUGCGCAUUGUGGAGGCCAUCCUCAGCCAUCCGGCCUUCGCACAGGGCCAGCGGCUGACGCUCAGCCCGCUGGAGCAGGAGCUGCGCGAUGACGACUUCUAUGCCUACGACGAGGAUGGCACGCGCUUCUCCCACGACAUCACACCCAUCAUCCUGGCGGCCCACUGCCAGGAGUACGAGAUUGUACACAUCCUGCUGCUCAAGGGUGCGCGCAUUGAGCGGCCCCAUGACUACUUCUGCAAGUGCAAUGAGUGCACCGAGAAGCAGCGCAAGGACUCCUUCAGCCAUUCGCGCUCCCGUAUGAAUGCCUACAAAGGACUGGCCAGUGCCGCCUACCUGUCCCUAUCCAGUGAAGACCCUGUCCUCACUGCACUGGAGCUAAGCAACGAGUUAGCCAGACUGGCCAACAUUGAGACUGAAUUUAAGAACGACUACAGGAAGUUAUCUAUGCAAUGCAAGGACUUUGUGGUGGGCGUGCUGGACCUGUGCCGAGACACGGAAGAGGUGGAAGCAAUUUUAAAUGGCGACGUGAACUUGCAAGUCUGGUCCGACCACCACCGUCCAAGUCUGAGCCGCAUCAAACUUGCCAUUAAGUACGAAGUCAAGAAGCUAGGACGAACCCUGAGGAGCCCUUUCAUGAAGUUCGUAGCCCACGCGGUGUCUUUUACCAUCUUCCUGGGACUGCUAGUUGUGAAUGCAUCCGACCGGUUUGAGGGUGUUAAGACUUUGCCCAACGAGACCUUCACAGACUACCCCAAACAGAUCUUCAGAGUGAAAACCACGCAGUUCUCCUGGACGGAGAUGCUCAUCAUGAAGUGGGUCUUAGGAAUGAUCUGGUCUGAAUGCAAGGAGAUCUGGGAGGAGGGGCCGCGGGAGUACGUGCUGCACUUGUGGAACCUACUGGAUUUCGGCAUGUUGUCCGUCUUCGUGGCCUCCUUCACCGCGAGGUUCAUGGCUUUCCUCAAGGCCAGUGAGGCCCAGCUGUACGUGGACCAGUACGUGCAGGAUGUAACGCUGCACAACGUCUCACUUCCGCCGGAAGUGGCAUACUUCACCUACGCCAGGGACAAGUGGUGGCCUUCAGACCCCCAGAUCAUCUCGGAAGGGCUGUACGCCAUCGCUGUUGUACUCAGCUUCUCCCGGAUUGCCUAUAUCCUGCCAGCCAAUGAGAGCUUCGGGCCCUUGCAGAUCUCCCUGGGGAGAACUGUGAAAGACAUCUUCAAGUUCAUGGUCAUCUUUAUCAUGGUGUUUGUGGCCUUCAUGAUCGGGAUGUUCAACCUGUACUCCUACUACCGAGGUGCAAAGUACAACCCCGCGUUUACAACAGUUGAAGAGAGCUUUAAAACCCUGUUUUGGUCCAUAUUUGGCUUGUCUGAGGUCAUCUCGGUGGUGCUGAAGUACGACCACAAGUUCAUCGAGAACAUCGGCUACGUGCUGUACGGCGUUUAUAAUGUCACCAUGGUGGUUGUGCUGCUCAACAUGCUGAUAGCCAUGAUCAACAACUCCUAUCAGGAAAUCGAGGAAGACGCAGACGUGGAGUGGAAAUUUGCUCGAGCCAAGCUCUGGCUUUCCUACUUUGAUGAAGGAAGAACUCUCCCUGCUCCCUUUAACCUGGUGCCGAGUCCUAAAUCCUUUUAUUAUCUCAUAAUGAGAAUCAAGAUGUGCCUCAUAAAGCUCUGCAAAUCUAAGGCCAAACGCUGUGAAAACGACCUGGAAAUGGGCAUGCUGAACUCCAAAUUCAGGAAGACUCGCUACCAGGCCGGCAUGAGGAAUUCUGAAAACCUGACAGCUAACAGCACCUUCAGCAAGCCCACCAGAUACCAGAAGAUCAUGAAGCGUCUCAUUAAGAGAUACGUGCUGAAGGCCCAGGUGGACCGGGAGAAUGAUGAAGUCAACGAAGGUGAACUCAAAGAGAUCAAGCAAGACAUCUCAAGCCUUCGCUAUGAGCUCCUGGAGGAGAAGUCUCAAGCUACCGGAGAGCUGGCAGACCUGAUCCAACAGCUCAGUGAGAAGUUUGGAAAGAAUUUGAACAAAGACCACCUGAGGGUGAACAAGGGCAAGGACAUUUAGCGGCCUGGGGGCACUCGUGACUUCUAACAGCAUUCCAAAGCCAGACCAAAUGUCCCAGUGUCAACCCUGUCAGGGAGCAGGGGUCCCUUUGGCUCCGUCCUGGGCACGUGGGCUGAUAUCUGUAGCCCAGAAACUGCCUGGAUCCAGGAUUGGGAAACUAGGCUGUUGGGAGAGACAAGCUACCCCAAGGAGGGAAGAAAUGCCAUCAGACACAUUCGAGACCUCCUGUCCAGCCUCCAAGGCCAAAGCAGGAAAAGGCCAUCUUGGAUGCACAUGUGUGCCCUCCCACUGGAAUCAGGACGACAGCUGUGUCCUGGGAAGCCCGCCCUCUGCACCUGAGUCCUGUCUUAUUCCUCCCCAACAUACGCACAUGUGUGUGCACGUAAGCGCUUGCGUGCGUACACACACACACACACACACACACACACACACAACCAGAACCGGGAGGUGACCUGUGACCUACUCUUAAGUGCCAGAUGAGAACCCAGAUAGCAUAAUAGCUAAAUAGUUAUAUUUGUUUAUAUAAAAAAAAGUUUAAAAACACUAAAUCAAAAAUUGUACUGUAGAGAAAAGUUGUCAUUGUUUAGAGAACAACAAAAUCCAAAUAAUGUAUUUUUACCUUUAUUAAGAUUAUCUUGUAUUUACUAUUUUUACCUAAAAUGAGAAAACAAAUAAAAUUACCUCAUAAGAG